AUUAGAAAAUGGAAUUAAUUAUUCUUAAAACAUAAUAAUGUGCUAAGGUGAUUGAAAAUAAAUGGACUAGAACUGCUCCAAUCAUUUAUAUCUUAAUAGGAACAUUUCUCAUUUCAAUAAACUCCUUACUUGGUAAAACAGUUGGAAUGAAUGCAAAUUAAAUUGUAUAUUCUAGAGGAAUUAUAAUGUUUUUAUUGGGUUCAGUGAUAGCAAAUAGUUCAAAAGUAAAUCUUUAUGGAUUUUCAAGAGAUGUUUAUUCGAAAUUAUUUUAACGAAGUAUUAUUGGAUGUAUUGCAACACUUUUAUUUUACACAGGUCUUAAAUAUGUGAAUAUUGCUGAAGCUUAAGUACUUUUAUAAACAUCACCAUUUUGGACAACUUUGAUAGCUAUACUUUAUCUAAAAACUGAGGUAUUUUCUUAUAAAUUAUUUGCUAAUUUGUUAUUGUGUUUUUUGGGAAUAAUAUUUAUAACUCAGCCUCCUUUUUUAAAAUUAAUUCUUGGUUAAAAAAUAAGUACAAUAAACAAUUCCGAAACACAAUUUUUUGGAUGCAUUCUAUUAUUAAUUUCUGCAUUUUUCUUUUCAUUAGUAUAGAUAUUGAUCAAUAAUUUAUCCAAUAAAGUAAACAUUUAAAUUUAUAUAAUUUUAGGUAAAUCAAUUAGUAAUACCAUAAUAUUUUGGAGUAACUUCUUUAGUAAUUUCCUCAAUAGUUUGUAUAAUAGAACCUAAUUUUAUUUGGAGGAAUCCAUCUCCAUUUGAAGCUAUUUUACUAUUAUCAGUUGGUUUAGUAUCUUAUCUUUAAUAAAUAUUUUUGAAUCGAGCAUAUAUGAAGGGAGAUUUAACAGAAAUGUCUAUGUUAGGUUAAACUUAAAUUUUAUAUGGAUAUAUAUUUGAUCUUCUAAGAGGAGCUCAUAUAUCUUUAUUAAGUGUUCUUGGAUCUAUCAUGAUUGUAGGAGCCUUAUUGAAAGUUAUUUUGGAUAAAAAAAAGUUGAGAGAAAAGCUACAAAAAGAAGGACAAAAAUGA